AUGGCUGUCAGCGAACGAAUAUCACAGCUCAUGGGCGCCCUCGAUGCCGCCUCUGGCGUUGACUCGUCUCGUGCGACCUCACCGGGCGCCGAUUGGCGACAGGCCAACGGCAGCGUCAACGGCACAGACGAGGACAAGCAGAAUCGCAGCCGCCCGCGGACCUUCCCAUACUUCAAGUAUCUGCCCUACGACACCGAGGCCCAGAGCGAGCGCGAGGACAACCUGAACACAUGUCUGAAGCACCUCUACAUUGCCGUGUCCGCGGGCGACUUUGCGCCGGGUGCAGUGCACUGGACGCGCGAGAUCCGCGGAUGGUUGACGCUGAAAUUCGACCUCCCCCGCAGCACGCGCGUCAAGCUGGUGAACCUCUACUACGAGCUUGCUCUGGCUCCGGGGCUGGACUACCUGGUGGCGGAGCGCUUCGCGAGCAUGUUCAUGGUCCUGACAAAGCGGAAACACUACCUUCGACCGGGUAAAGAUUUGGUGCUCGACUGGCGGCCUCUGUUUAGGGAACUGAAGCUGUUCGUGCUCCCGUCAGAAUCGGGAGGAUCGCAACCGCCAAAUGUGAAGCGCAACAUACGCACCCUGACCAAACUGUGCACCUUUGCGCAGCUCUAUUUCGAUCCGCAGGAGAUACCCGCGAUACUCGAGGAGAUUCUUCCGUUCUUCAGCACGUCCUACUCCGAAGGCGCAUUCGUCGUCAUAGGCCUCCUAAACCUACUACUCCCGACGAGCCCAGCGCCAGAUGAUAGGCCGGAUCUGCAGCCUCAGGAGUACCUCCCGCUUUUCUUCCAUCUUUGGUCGUUGGUCAAUCGAUCACGGCUCGUAGAUGCGCAUUUCCUCGACAUGCUAUCGAGGCUCGCUCGGGAUUCGCUCACCGCGCCGCAUAUAUCCUUUUCGCAAUACGGCAUGUUCACGGGCGAACAGUGUGCUCUCAUCUUCACUGCUAUUCUGAGGCUACUUGAGAUACCCGUCGGGCAAGCCACAUCACCAUACAUGGAGACUGUGGACCUAGGCGCCGGGUUAGCUGUCAUGCUCGACCGAGACCAGCGGAAGCAUCCUUCCACGCAUCACAUCUCGCGUACCAUUGUCAUGUCAUUCUCCCCGGCAUGCUUGGGCCAUUCAGAUUCGGUUCUAAGCCAGCUCGAAGGUCUUAUUCAAGCCGUCGAAACAUUUUUCCAUCCGUCAAAUUCAGGCAGCUGGACAAGGUCGCUAGCGCAGCUGGUGUACUACCUGGCUGAUUUCUUCGUCCUGCGCUGGAACCGAGAGCACAGUGGCGAGAUGGAUGUUCCUGAGGGACGGAGGCUGAAUGACGCUCUUAAGCGACGCUUUGUGCUCUGCUUGCGCGAGGUAACCUUCAUGGGCAUAUUCUCCAAGAGUGACAAGGCGGUGGCGUACUCGUUAUCUACACUCCAGAGCCUCGCAUACCUGGAACCGACCCUGAUCCUGCCGGGAGCAUUACAGCGGAUAUACCCCGCGAUGCAAGGUCUGGUCGAGGUGCAUCGGACGAUAUCCUCCAUUCGGGCGUUGCAAGUACUUUCCAAGAUUAUGGCGAGGACGAAAGGCUACCGGUGUCACGUUACGACGCUCCUAGGGCUUGCGCUACCCGGCAUCGACCCAAAUGACUUGGACAAGACUGUACAGACCUUGGCCUACAUCCAAGGCGUCUGUUACACCGUACCAUUCCAUGACCUCACACAAGAGAGCAAGCUUGCGAACGGUGCCUCCAUCAAAAGUGGAACAAGCGGAACGGCGACGCCGAUGGAAGGGGCUGACACCGACACCGGGCUCGCCGUGCGAUGGAUCACAGAGCAGGUCGACCGGUUAGAGAACGCCAAGGGGCUCAUCGAGAUCGACUAUGAUAAGGAGCUCAGCGACCACGAGGAAGAGAUGAUCCUACGUUCCUCAACAACCGGGCUUGCCGAGUUCUUGAUGUCGUUCCUUGGCCGAGUGUUCACCCUUUUAGAGAACUUGCCAGACGCUGCGAGGAUUCGUAGUGGAACCCCCGAAGAAUUCGUGGCAAACCAUCUCCCGGCCGCCUUCACCCCGCUGCUUGCGGCGCUCUCCCCCGAACUGUUCGAUAUUGCGCUCGACAAGAUCGCCAACUUCAUCUCGAAUCAUGUCAUACAUCAAGCACGAGACGCAAUAUCGUUCAUUUGCAACAGCUUGGUAAAGGUCAACCCAGAGAAGUCUCUAAAGCGACUGUUGCCUCCUAUCUUCGCCGGUAUUCGGACAGAGAUUGAGGACAAUGGUGCUGGUUCCUCCCGGACAACGGGCGCUGAUGUUCUUCCACGAGACCGCGGUCUCGUAUGGUACCUGUGCAUCUUGAGCAUGAGUGUGGUCCAUGUUGGCGAUGCCGUCGUGCAAUGGAAAGACGAGCUCUUCGAGAUUGCAGAGUACAUGCAGCGGAAGUGUAGAGGCACUCCUACCGUUCAUGUGUCCAACUUCAUUCAUCAUCUCCUCCUCAACCUCACUUGCACAUAUACCAACGACUACUCCAUCUACGAAGAGGACGAGCUUGAAAGGGGUCUUACAACGAGCUCAUGGGGCAGGCAAGUCGACGUGAAGAAGAUCAACAUCAAGUGGCACAAGCCGAACCCCGAGGAGAUUGAUUUUGCCAUCAAGUUGUUCGAGUUCCAGGCGGAAAACUCCAUCAACACUCUCACCGCACUCGUCUCAGCUAACCCACCUAUUAAGCGUGAGGGUACCGGGAAGGACUGGUCGGACGAGAUAUCUAGAAAUCUAGUCCUUCUGAGGCUAUUGGUAUCCGGCAUCUCGGUGCUAUUUGAUGUUCGCCAUGGGCAAGCUGCCGAUGGAGGUUCUGUAGAGUCCGACAACGGCUCUGAUCCGGACGCUAUAGACACCGAAGGCAUCGAGGAUGAUGCUGGUCUCGGGGAGGCAGAAGACGAGGAAGUCAAGCCUACCUUCGUGUACGAGACUGGGUAUCCCCUCAGGCGCGGCGACAGUAACUACAAGCUCAUUCACAAUCUUCGCCAAAAGGUUGGAGAGACGCUUCACGAAGUCCACCAGUUUUUGAGCGAAAAGCAGGAGGAUGAUGUGCCGUGCUUCAACGCGCUGUACAACGCCUAUCGGUCGUGGUUUAUCGACGUUGGCAUCGAGCGAUCCGCCCAUGUCCUGGAGCGGAUAACUAGGCUGCUUGAAUCGGACGAAGGUCCCUUCAGAUUCAGUGGGCUACGAAAGGAGUACCCGCGCCCCCUGCUGGUGCGGCGCGCCAAUGUCUACCACCUCCAGCGGCUACGGCACAAUGCCAACCCUCGGCCGAAGACCGAUCUGGACAAGCGACUUCUCUUCGACCUUGCUGAGUCCAGUAUCUCACUGUAUACUGAGAUUCGACGCACGGCUCAAACCGCGAAUGAAUCAGCCGUCAAGUGCGUCCUAGGUGCACGACCACUCGUCAUCCCACCGCUCCUUGAUGCGCUAGUGAAAGCCGUCGCAGAGAACGACUACCCUCGUAUCAAGGGCGCGAUGUUCACGCUUUUGUUUGGCAGCCUGGCGAAAACCAUCAGCCGGGACUGGCGGUUCACACCGACCCUCAUCAAAGCUUUCAUCGAAGUCACUGGCGCAGACAAGCCCUCCGUCCAGAAACUUGCGACGAAUGCCACGUUUCAAGUCAUGGACAUGGGCAAGGCAAUGGAGCGGAUGGUCAUCCUCGAUAAGGAGGUCGUCGAAGCAAUUGCGUAUGUCAUCGAUGCGAGUGAAGACGAGAGCGUCCAGCAGAAAGUCGUCAAGCGACGAAAUUUCAUCAAGCGGAAACGGGCUCGUAUCGAAGGGAAGAAGGCCGACCUCUCCAAAGAGCUGAUCGACACCACUCGGACUGCGCACUGGAAAAAGGUCAGCCGGACUGCCGCCAUCAUUGUCAACCUCGGCAUGCGUUACGAUACGAUAGCGUCCGAUGAGAUGAUCGAACUUGUCGCCAAAGGCUCCAUUGAUCAGCACCCCAGCCUGCGAGGUCUGUACGCAGGUGCCCUGGUCGGGCUCUUCUCAGUCAUUCAGACCCGUGCCAUUACAGGGCAUAGCUACGAGAAGUACCUCCUUAGCGAAGAGGAGGUCCCGGACAAGAUAUCCGUCCCAACCAAGGCCGACGAUCCCAACUGGACCGGAGAAUACCUUGGCAUGUUCGCCAAACCCGAAGCAAAGUACUAUGUCGACUUCGAUUAUCCCGGUUGGCUGGUGUGGACGAAGACGAUGCCGGCGUACCUGCCAAAUCCGCCGCCUAUGUCCUAUGACGAGACGGAGACCCAUGUCCGUAAGAAGAUUGGGUCGCUCCUAGACCGUUCAUGGUUUUCAAACUACUUCGCUUUCAUGAAGCAGGAACCGCGUGACUCAGGGGCCGAUCGAUUCCGCAUGUCUAGCGCCAUGCUGCUUACCCACGCCUUCGAGCUUGUAUUCUGCGGCCUCAGCUCAGCUACAUAUGAGGACAUCAAGGACCUCACCCAGGCAGUGUACGGUGACGGAAGCGACAAGCAUCAACACCGUGCCACAGCCGAGAUCAUGGGUGCCUUGCUCUCCUGUGCUCCAGAUCUGGAGGCCGAGCAGCGCCAGGAGAUCUGGGAGUACGUCUUCCCAAUCAUCCGCGGUAUCUUCGAAGACGGCCUGACACCUGACAACGCGGGUUAUUGGACUACAUUUCUGCAUGUCGUGCUUCAAUCGAAGGAUCCUAGGCGAGGAUGGCCGCUCGUCGAUUGGUUAUCAAGCUUCCGUCUCGAUAUGGACUCCAAUGCGGCUUUUAAGGAGAGUUCGAAAAUCCACUUGCUCCAGCAAUGUAUCUCCGACGCAGGCUGGCAUUUCCGACUGGAGAAGCCCAUUAUUGAAGACUUCAUGCAGCACCUUGACCAUCCAUACAAGGGUGUUCGUGAAGCCAUGGGUCAGACGAUCGCUUGCAUCUACCGCACGCGAUAUCAUGAAUCGUACAAGGACGUCUCCACGCUUAUCAAGGCGCAAAAGAAAGCCUCGUCUAUCGGCGUCCGUCCGUACGAGCCAACGGAAGAAUUCUCCAGGAUGAUCGCAGAUGUCUUUGAGCGUCUAGAAGUCUGGCGCGGUCAACGUCCCGCCGGCCAACAGACCCCUUCGUCCUACACGUCCGGUGGCAAGACUGUCCUUCUCUGGCUCAACUCGACCCUCUCGUCCUACGAAUGCACGCAACUCAUCAAGUUCUUCCCCAACGUCUUUACAGAGCAACUCCUCCACAUGAUGGAUAUCAAAGAAGACCCGGAAUUACAAUCCCUCGCGUACCACGUCUUCCGCCAUCUACCCAACAUCCCGCACCGACAGGGUGAGGACGCGGACUUCAUCGCCGCGCUAAUUCGCAUCGGGCGUACCGCGACGAGCUGGCAUCAGCGCCUCAGGAUCUUAAUCAAUAUCCAGGUCAUAUAUUUCCGGAGACUCUUUCUCAUGAGCGAGCAGCAGCAACUCGACAUCUACAAUUGCGUCUCCGGCAUGCUCAGCGAUGUGCAGCUCGAAGUGCGGAUGGGCGCCGCCACUACACUCUCGGGUAUGAUCCGGUGCUCGCCGCUCGCGCUCCGCGAACGCAUGGUGUCAACACUCAAAGCGGAAUUCACGUCCAAGCUCGCCAAGAAUCCACUGCCAAAACGUCGUAUCCCCGGCACGCCGACGCCCGAGCACAACAAACUCAUCCUGACGCGGCAUGCAGCGGUUCUCGGGCUGGGAGCAUUGAUUCAGGCAUUCCCGUAUACGAGUCCGCCGCCGGCCUGGCUGCCGGAUGUGCUGGCUACAUUGGCAAGGAAGGCGGCGGCAGACCCGGGUAUGGUGGGGAAAAGUGUGAAGAGUGUACUGGCAGAUUUUAAAAAGACGAGGCAGGAUACUUGGCAUGUGGAUGUCAAGGCUUUCGAGCAAGAACAGCUAGAGGAUCUGGAAGGCGUAUUGUGGAAGAGCUACUUUGCGUAG